AGCGCAGUGUUGUUGCUGGAAAUUUGACCGGUCGCCCUCUGCUCUGAGUUUCCAGUCGUCGUCCUUCAGGCAAACGCGGCUCCUCUCUCGGCUGAAACACACCACAACACAGCGUGCAACCAUGGCCGGGAUUAUCGCUAGGAAAUCUAUUGACUACCUGAAGAGCAAAGACUUCAGGGAUUAUUUGAUGAGCACGCAUUUCUGGGGUCCUAUCGCAAACUGGGGUCUUCCCAUAGCCGCCAUAGCAGAUAUGAAGAAGAGCCCUGAGAUUAUCAGUGGCAGGAUGACAUUCGCUCUGUCCUGUUACUCACUGCUCUUCAUGAGGUUCGCCUACAAGGUGCAGCCACGCAACUGGCUGCUCUUUGCGUGCCAUUUGACCAAUGAGUCUGCACAGCUAAUCCAGGGCAGUCGUCUCAUGAGAUACAACAUGGAGAAGAAGAAGCAAUCUCAGUGACAACGUGAAGCAGAUGGAGAAGAUCCACUUCAGAAUGGCACCAUGCUGUGACAACAGCCCCCUAAACAUCAACAUUUUAUCGAAUCAUUUGAACCGUGUCACUUACACCAUGAAAUUACCACGACUCAUCAUCCUCAUAAAGUUUUAGUCACUUUUUACGAUACAGACAGAAAAAGCAAACGCUUUCCUCAGCGAUUUAAGGUCAACUGCUGUGAUUUAUUUUUAAAUUGUUUUGUUACAUCAACAUGACGCACAAAAAUAUAAUGUAGGUGAAUGUACACCGAGCUAACCAGCCUGGUGGUUACUAGAUGCUUUGCACAGAUAAUCCACUGAUCAUUUAACACUUUAGAACGAGGCUAGAACAAUCAUUAUGCUCAGCCAUAAUAUUUUAUAGAGAAUUUAACCUUAGUUCAGUUCAGUAUAUGGACUUCAUUCAUUAACCUUUACUGAAACACAGGACACACACAGGAGAAAGAUGCUGUUGCUGUACUUUGAAAACAAUAUUUGAGGAUCUGAUUGGACACGUUUUACUGUUGUGUGAUAAAUAAUGAUUGCAUAAUCAAAUGUUUAAAUUAUAAAAACUAAAAAUGUUUGUGUUUUUAUGUGGUGCAGCUACCCCUAGACUGUAAAUCUGUAUCAUUAGGCUGAGAUCGCCAAUAUAUAAUCCUACAUGACUGGGAAAGACAAGCUGCCUCUGUCAGUGCUAACUAAAUGUACCAUAUGUAGUUAUUAUGUGUCAUUCACAUUAAUUUAUUGUCGUACACUUCACAUUCUCUUUCCCUGAUUCACAAUUUUGAUUCUCUGGGUUUGUUAAAUAAACUGGCUUUAACCAACUUGAACACAA